AUGGCGUAUCAGUUCUCUAGGAAAGGCUGUUUCAAGUGUGGCAAUCUUGGUCAUAUUGCCGAGAAUUGUUCUUCGGAGCAGCGACUUUGCUACAAUUGCCGUCAACCUGGCCAUGAAUCGUCGGCUUGCCCCUCUCCAAGAACCGUUUCUGCGAAACAGUGCUAUUCUUGUGGUGGUGUAGGACACAUCCAAGCUGAAUGUCCUAGUUUGAGGAUCCAACAAGGUGGUAGCCAGAAGUGCUACAAUUGUGGCCGCUUCGGACAUAUUGCUCGCGCUUGCCCCAAUGCUGCUGGAGGAGGAUUUGCCUCUAGAGCUCCUCCCCCUGGAAGAGCUUUGAACACGUCGACUUUGCCUCCUGUCAAAUGCUAUAGAUGUGGCGGACCUAAUCACAUGGCCAGAGAUUGCCUUGCCGCUCCUGGGACUGCAGUGCAUGACAAUACUCCCACUGGACCCGCUGCGGGUGUGAAUAAGAAUAAGACAUGCUACAAAUGCCAGCAGGAAGGACAUAUCGCGAGGGAAUGCCCGGAGAAUACCGAAUUUGUCGGCUAA